AAGAGCUGGAGCUUGAACUUGAGUCGUGUUGCUUUACACUCUGAGUGUGCUGCCCAAGAAGGAGUUAGGGAGUUUUGUAGACCUUGGACUGUGCUAAAGGAGAAGAAGAAAAGAAAGCAGCAGCAGCAGCACCCCAGAUUGUCCUUUCACUAACGUUCAGCUUUCUGAGUUACUCUUGGAGAUGCUGAACCGAGUCCUGGGAGUCAAAAAGGAGGGCUUCCAGGCGCCAGAUUGAGAUUAAUUCAGCAAGCCAACCAUUAUCCAUCUACCUCUUUAUUUAAAUUCACCCAGUGGCUUCAAACUCCAGUUUACAACCACCAUGGCGUUUUUAAUGAAGAAGAAGAAGUUCAAGUUCCACGUCCAUUUCACUCUAGAAGAGCUGACGGCUGUUCCGUUUAUCAAUGGGAUGCUCUUCUGCAAAAUCCGUCUUCUGGAAGGGGGAGACUUUGUCACAUGUUCAUCUAGACAAGAGGUGCAGGAGAACUGUGUUCGCUGGCGAAAGAAGUUCUCCUUCGUGUGCAAGAUGAGCGCUAAUCCUACGACAGGGGUGCUGGACACCUGUAUCUGCCGAGUAUCCGUGCGAAAGGAACUGAAGGGUGGAAAGUCUUUCUCAAAGCUGGGCUUUGCUGACCUCAACAUGGCGGAGUUUGCAGGUUCAGGCUCCACCGUGCGCUGCUGUAUCCUGGAGGGCUACGACACCAAGAACACUCGGCAGGACAACUCCAUUCUGAAGGUUACUAUUGGGAUGACGCUGCUCUCCGGGGAUCCUUGCUUUAAAACGCCCCCAAGCACAGCUAAAAACACAGGCCUUGCUGGUCAGGACCUGUCUCUUCAGCUGGAUCGUAAGGGAGAGGGCACUGGCAACAACCCGACUCCUCCCACAGGCAUUAGCCCGGGACUCAGCACCAGCCGUGCACACAAAUCCAGAGCCUCUGUGCCGUGCUCAGGUUUGCCAGAAGUGUUAGAUGAGAACUUGUCCAACCCGGAAGAUGUGUUUCACACCGGCCACUCGAGGAAUUCCAGCUAUGCCAGUCAACAGAGCAAAGUUUCAGGCUACAGCACGGAGCAUUCGGGCUCGUCCAGCCUGACAGACCUGAGCCAGCACCGGAGGAACACCUCCACCAGCAGCAGCAAUGCUUCAGCGGGGACCACCACGGCUACUGAAAGCCCAGCAGAACCGGACAAAGAGCUGGUGAAACCCGAGAGGCCUCCUCGCCCACCGAGGCCUGCCAUCCUCUCUAACCGACCUUCUAGGAGAAAGAAGGACUCUGUGGAGAACCACCCCACCUGGGUGGAUGACACGCGCAUCGACGCUGAUGACAUUGUGGAGAAGAUCGUCCAGAGUCAGGACUUUGCUGAUGUCAGCAACAAUGAGGACAGCAAUUUGCAGCUGUUUGUCAGUCGGGAUGGUACCACUGCUCUUAGCGGCAUCCAGCUUGGCAACAGGGUGUCAGCAGGUGUGUUUGAGCCUGUCGUGAUUGAGAGUCAUUAGUGGAAUCAGUCACACUCCUCCUGAAAUGGAAAAGAUGGCCAAAAUUAGUGCGGGUGAACAACAUGGAGGGGAAGUCCAGCAUCGCACUAACAAGAUGUUUUGCUACUUGCAAUUUUUUUUUUUUUUUUUUUUAUAAAUUGUCUUCACUGAUCAGUUUAUUCACACGUGAUGAUAACACCGAAAAUCCUGCAUAGAAUUUAAUGCAAAUGGUGGUGGGUGGAUUAUUAUUAUUAUUAUUAUUAGCCACGUAAUCCAAAAUUUGUGUUACUGACACCCUAUUUGCAAGUAAACAAGCUACUUGAAAUACCCGAAGUAGUCGAACACUGUGAAAACUGUCUUUGGCCAAGGAAACAUCGUGCGUAUGGCCUGAUUGGCAGCCGUUAGGAUUUUUAAGAAGAAAUGAUUCAUAUAUUGCUUUGCUUUUCAGAUGUUAUUUAAUGGUUCCGAUCUGUGGGGUUUUUUUUUUUGUUUGUUUGUUUUGUUUGUUUUUCUUCUUUUUUUUCCCCUUCUAUCAGAUGUUUUUCUGAACUUUGGUUUUGCCUGCGUUACAGACCACUAAAAUAUGUUCAGUCUUUAUGUUAAUGAUCCGGCUUUAUUUAACCACUAUUCCCUGUAUUGGGAAUGAGCUUAGAGGGAAAAUUCCAACUUUUUUUUUUUUUUAAAGAAAACUGCAUGUUUUGCAGUGGUUUAAACAGGUUUUGUUGAUUUCCAUGCUUUUAAAGUAAGCUGGAUUACACUAAUUACCCACAGAAGGUUUCCACAGGGCAUAAAAACCUUUUAGUUUCAGAUCUUUGUACGUCUACAGGUGGAAAAGUUGUUCAACACUGUUGCAUCACUGAAUAUUUUUACAUGCUUGAUUGAAGAUUUAAACCUGAAAUCAUAAUCUAGGAAAUUAAAAACUUGUGUUUUUAGUGUACUGGCUUUUAAACAGUCGCCUGAUUUGAGUCGCAUCUGGAUAUCUGUCGAUUAUAUUCGUAACCGAUGUUUCUGGUGGAGUCAGUAUUUUAUACACCAGUUUCAGAGAUGAAUGUAAUUUCAGUUUAAGUUUAACCGCAGUAUAUUCAGUUAUUCCAUGAAACCAAGUCGUACAUGAGCUGAUAGCUGAGGAGGUGCGUAGCGCCGAGUCGGCUAUAAUCCACGCAUGACGAGAUUGAGUGGAAUAUCUGUUUUAUUCUAUCCACGUUCACUGGAUUUUGAGAAACGGAGCGGGUUUUUUUUUUUUUUGCAAAUUCGAUAAAUAAAAACUUUAUACACAACGUCCGACAAUCAUUUCUGCUUAGAAUGUCAACAAACUGGUGAAAUGACAGUAGCAGUUUAUAAUAAUUCUUCGGGGGAAAAAAGAUACCUUCUUGCUAUCAAGUGAUUUUUAUUCAAAAUUUUCUGGCUUUUUUUUGUUUGUUUUUGGUGGUUGGCAAACCAACUUAAAGGUGCAUCACUGCAACCAUCUGAGCUGGAGUGUAGAACAGGAAAUACUGGGGAGGUGGAAAACGAUAUUCUUUUAAAGAUUUCGGUUUCUUUUAAAUACUUAAAACAGUGAUGUAUCUGACUUGAUGCACUCCGCCAUUUUGUUUUUCUCUACUCACAGUAUAUGAGCCGAUAUCCUAGUAGUAGAGUAGCCAAUCCGAGCACACGAUUGCUCAUAUCCAGUGAAUGUGGAUGGAAUAAAAAUUGUUGACUCAUUACUAAGGCAAUACUGGACACUGCACCUUUCUGCUUUUUCAGAUAAAGCAGAAAAGUCAUUUCAGUAAAGGGGAAAAGACGUGGAACAUUUGUUGCUCGUAACAGUUACUUUUGCUUUGUCAAUUUGACCUGUGUAUUCAAGAGCCUCGGUCUUUUGAGUCAAUAGAAAGUGAGUGGCCGGGGCUGUCAUCUGUUUGGUUAAAAUGAUUAGUACCAGUCAUGUUAGACUUUUACUAUUGCAGUCUUCCAUCAAUUAGGUCUUUUUUUUUUUUUUUUUUUUUUUUUUAGGUAAAAUUCAAAUUUUUUCAGUUUCUUUAAUUUGAAAUAGGACCGCAGGUACACAGGGAAUGUUUGGCCAUGUUGGGUUUAACUCGAUUCAUUGUUCUCGCUAGAUAGAUUAGAUUAGUUGUCCUGUCUUGCAAGUUGACACACUGCACAUGUAUAGAAAAGCGUCAUAACCAACAUAGAAAUCCCUUCAUCAGGUCUUCAAUGAAGCAUUACAAAUAAUAACUUUUGGAAAAUUAUUCUGUCGUUAAAACAGGUUUUGACUGAUUAUGCCCUUUGGAAGCCUUUAUGGGUGAUUUUUGUGCACUUGAAGAAAAUUUAUCCAAACUGUUUAAAAGCACUGCGGAGUAUGCAUCAAGUGCGGUUUUGUUAUUGGUUGGAAUUUUCGAACCGUAUGACACGCAGAUGAAUAGACACAGAGCUGUAUGGCUGGCCAUACUGAAACCCGUCCUAUUCAGGUUAACAAGCUUCUAGCCAUUCCUCCAUGGAUUACGGCCUUCAGACAUGUCUUUGUCAUGUGUGUUUUGUGUUUGUUUUGGAGCUUUCGUACUUGUGACUCAUAUGUUCUCCAGCUGGCCUGGGGAAUCCCACUACAAGUCAGAUUUCGUCAAAUCCAUACUCCCCCCAUCUGAGCAUACACACUCCUCCUGCUCUUCACUUGUUUGUGCUGCAGGAUUCAGCCGUUUCAGAUGAGUGUUAAUCAAGUGUUUAUUGUACUGCAGUGCAGUGCACAGAAUGUUCUAGUCCUCGUCUAGAUUUUUUUUUUUUGCUCCAUUUUUAACAUAAAACGUGCCAGUUGUGCUGUAAGGAGAGAUUUUUGUCGUCGUCGUUGUGGAGCUCAAACCCGUGAGCUUGCGUGCAGCAUAAUGGGAUGCAUGUGAGUGGAGGAUGUGGCUUGAAAAACUGGCGUUGUUUUGCAGGCUUAGUUCAGAGCAAAUGACUCACAAUCACGCCACUAAACUUGGCAACAGCCUGCACGUCUCCCACCGCACCUGGUGUGCGUCCAGAGACUGAGGAGUUUUACCCGUGUGUGUGUGUGUGUGUGUGUGUGUGUGUUAGUUAAGUCUGUUUACUGUGUUGUUUUCAGUUUGAAUGAGCUAACCAUGAUUGUUGGUCAUGGAUAAAAUGGUCUCAGUUGAUCUGAGAUGGCAUACAGAGUAGAAAACUUUGCACAUUUUAGUUCCCAUAUCUUUACAAAUAGAAGUGCAAUGUGGGCUUGAUUCAAGGAGAAUUUCAUGCUUGAAAAAUUUUUUAACAUGUGAUUCCAAGCUGUCGUGAAACUUGUAAUAUAGAAAAUGUUUCCUACAUUUGUGUAAGGAAAUAUAUUAAAUUUUUUUUCUUUUUUUUUUUCUUCUCCCCCUGCAUGGAAUGCUCCUAAGAAAUAACAGGCUCUUUUAUUAUAAUAUUUAUCAGUUUACUUUAAGAUCGAAGCCCCUCCAUACAGGUGUGACAUUUUCAGAAUCGGUUGUUUUCUCGGGUUUUUCAUUAUACUUUACAUUUUGAGAAAUAAAAGUGCCAGAAAUUGAGCCGUUUUUGGUUUCCUGGUAAUCCUUUUCAUGGAUGAAUGGAUCGAAAGGCCCUGAAUGAUUAUUCAGUCAAUCAUGGAUUAAAAAAAAAACAACUAAAUAUCAUGUGGUGCAAUGUUGUAAAAGAAAUGAAAAAAUGGUUGUUCUUCUGGAACAUUUUUGGUCACCCAGACAAUUAAAUUUUUUUCCCCCCAUGUCAUUCAUUUCCUUUCAAAUAUUUAUAAGAUUAAAAUUUCACCAGCGUAUCAAACGUUCCUGUUCAUUUUAGCACGCUUGUCACUGACUGGCUGAACUGUUUAGAGUUUAGGAUGGAUUUUUUUUUUUUUUAACGUAGGUGCUCCACUCUGUAGAGUACGCUAGUACGAGUUAUGACUCAAAAACAUGUCAAAAGAGCAGGCUUGGUUUUUUUUCUUUCCGAUCAAAACUGCAGAUGACCCAAUUAGCACAUGAAUCUGGAAUGAUUGACAGUUGUAUAAGUGUUUUAAACUCAAUGGUGUCCAUGUGUACAGUCUGACGUUGUACAGUAACGUGCUACUAUGGGAGAGGAACUUAUACAAUCUAUUCAUAUAAAACAUUACAAUUAGAUAAGUUUUUCUCCAAGAGAACUUCUUUUCAAAUUAUCUUUAAUCAUGACUCUUGUCAUGCCACACACUUCCUGUUUCCUUUAUUUGCAACUCUUUCUGUUUUUUUUUCUUUUUGCACCAAUCUUGUUUGCAUCGGUUAUCAGCCACAUGCUAAAGCUAAUACUAUGCUGUCUUUUUUUUUUUUGAAUUUCCAAACCAGCAGGCUGGUUUAUUUCCAAUGACCCUUUCCAUCGCAACUCUCUCUCUCUCUCUCUCUCUCUCUCUCUCUCUCUCUCUCUCUCUCUCAUUAGUAAUUAAUGAGUAUUGUGCCAGCAUGAGAUGAUUGAUGUACACACUACUUAAGAGGCUAUACCUGCUUGCUCUUUCUUUCUACUUUAUAAAGAGCCUUGUGCCAUGCUGUUGUUCAGUCGUAAUAGACUGUAACCUGUGAUUUAUUAUUUUUUUUAAUCACAAACAUAAAUGUAAACAUGAUUCAAUUUGCUGUAUGAAUAUGUUAUUUGGAUGUAUGAGUGGCAAAAAGAUUUCAUGCACCAUAGUGUUUGUGUAAUUUGCUGUUGUGUUAUAAAUACAAAGAAUGCUUGAAGUGCAAAGUAAUUCGCUCAUCGUGAUCAGAGUGUAGACACUUGCAUUAAUACGGUUUUUGAGACUAAAAAUGAUUUGUGGGGAAAUUGUGGCGUGGCGCGUCAAGACCUUGUGUGAAUCCUUAUGAGUUUUGGGUAUUAAUUAUAAAUGAAACGAUAAAGUACACUGUGAUGAUUUAGGAAUGAUACACACCACAACGGCACUUAUACUAACUUUCACGUAACAAGAUAUACGACUUUGUCCACAGCUAAUAACAUUCGUGUCUCUCUCUCUAUUUUGUAAAUGGUUAUAAAGCUAUGCACUUGGCUCAGCCAGAAAGAAAGAUUCCUUUAAAGUGGUUCAUUUUCACCACUAUAUUCCAUACAGUUAUCAAAUUUUCAAUAUAUAUUGGAAAACUUAAGAUGUCUAUAAGAAGUUGAUACAUAUAUUUAACUCUACCACAAAUUACUUUAUUUUUCUGAUAUAAAAUCGAGAAAUACGGAUGAAUACUUAUUUUACGAACACAAAUAAUAUUGUUUCCAAAGUUUUCUUGACCUCAUAUUGUAUUAUUUGAUGUAUUACUGUUUCAUGAUAGAUCUAAACUGUUUCUACAUUCGAGUAUGGAUGUUUCAUAUUCUGUAAUGUAAAUUUGUUUAUAGAUGCGUAUUAAUGGACUAUUUGGGAGGAAAUAAAGGAAAUGU